AUGUUUCGACAGUUUGAUGACAGCGACGAUGAACCUUACGGCGCGGUGUAUGAUUACAACGAUGAUGACGAUGACGAGUACGAUUCGGAUGAUUAUGAGGAUGAAUAUGAAACUUCGAAUCGCCACGUUCAUACUCUUUUCAUAUUUUCUCAGAACGCUCAGCAAAACCUGCUCAGCCAUGUGCGCGUCGGCGUAGAUGCAGUCAGCAGAGCAACAGGGACCUUGUAUGAUGAGCAACGGUACAGUGACGUCACCCUGGUUGUUGGAGAUCAAAGGUUCCACGCCCAUCGCCUGGUGCUCAGUGCAUGGAGCGAUGUCUUCAAGACGAUGCUUUGUAACUCAUCUUGGCAAUCGCAUGACACGACCGGACAACCAACCUCAAAGUGUCAGGAUCUCGUCGAGGAAGAAUGUUGUGAAGAGGUUUUCGGCAACUUCCUCAAGUUUCUUUAUACUGCCUCUGUAGACCUGACCAAAGGCAACGUCUUGCCUUUGGCCCUGCUAGCUGACAAGUACUUGGUGAAAGAGUUAAGGGAGCUAUGUGACGAAUUCAUCCGCGAGAAACAGAACGAUGCUCAGGAAGUCGUCACCUUCAUUCACUUGGCCUCUCAAUUUGGCAUGCAUGAAACAGUCGAGAUGUGCCUCCAAAGUCUGUUGUGCAACUUCAGUGUACUGACGCCAGAUCAACUUUUAAGUCUAAAAGGUGAGCACCUUAUAUCUCUUUUCGACAGUGGACCACGGUUGAUGGUAGAUGAUGAGUUCACUCUCUUCAAGAAGAUCGAGCCCUGGUUGGACCAGUGUCAAAGUGGGGAUACGCUUCUUAGUAUCAUCAAGCUCAUUCGUUUCCCCUACAUGAAUGCAUUACAACUGAAGAAAGCCAGAGAGACGCCUGCCUUCCGCAGAGCCCAGGAAAUGAUGCCUGAUAUACUCCUGAAAUCUUGGCAGCAACAGGCAUUGUACAAAGAAGGAAAUCUGGAGGAUCUUCCAGAGGACUUUCCAUGGCCCAGACUGUACUUGAAUUCAAACGAUAAAGCCAGAUUCACAGACAAGAAGGUUUGCUCAUCCCACGACCAACCAAAGAAUGAGCCGAUCGAAGUUCGCAUUGAUGGCAGUAGAAAACAUCACUCAUGCGUUUCUUGGAAGGGCAAGCGAAUAGGACAAAAACAAUUCUUCAAAUUACAAGCAUCUGCUUUCAGUUUCUUCAUGGAGGUUAUCCGGAGCCCGGACUCACCAAGUGAAGUUAUCGUGCAAAUAGAUCCACAUGAUUUAUUACAGAAAAGAAUUCAUUUGGGAGUACGAGCUCAAGUUCAUGGUGGGAAAAAGCCUUUCUAUUUCUCAAAGUGUCUCCAUCCGGCGCCACCAAUAACCCCAUAUCAACGGAAGGUUACUUCAAGAGAUACCCAAUUCACAUUUCCUACUGGGAUCUCCAACCCUAAAAAAAUGACACUCCAUGUUACAGUCAUUUUUGAGGACGAAGAUGAGAAAACUACAUAGGCGUGCUUGUGGGUUUUUAUUUUUGAAUCCGAGGGGCUUUUCACUUUAAAAAAUCGGAACAAAUUCUCGCUAUCGCCCAAACCCCCUAAAAUGCCCGGGUGUAAAUUUCGUGUCCCGAUUCCAAAUGCACUGUGGGAUAGUUUAGUGCCUUUGUCGCUUUCGAUCCUUUUCAUGCAGCUGUGUACGUGUGUAAAUUAAGUGACAAACUUUGUAUUCAGAAUGUGAUUUACUUUCUUUAUUAUUUCUUAAUUUUUGUAUUGUCUUUAAGAGCAUCAUAUACAUUUCCAUUUAAUUUAAUUUUGCGAAAUCGCUGAAUGGGUAGUAUAUUAUUAGCAGGAUAUAAGCAGAAGAGAAUUUGUUGUACUUUCUUCCAGCUGCCUGGCAAUGGUUGACACUAUUUGCGGAUUUAUGGGCCACAUCCGGCCUGUGCCCCCUUUUGAACCCAAGUGCCAUAAAAAAAAAUCCCUUAUUUUCUAAGGUGUUGGCCUUGAUGUAUUCAUUUGUAUAUAAUAUAUACAUGUAUAUUUAUUAAUUAAUUCAUUCAUGCAUUUGUUUCAUUUUUAUCGCUUGAUUGCUUGUCAGAAAAACUAAGGAAUAUGGUGCCCCCUCUUAAAAGAAAUGAAACCCUAGAUCCGCCCCUGGUUGACACCAUUGCCUAUGUAGUUUACCAGUGCUCAUGGAGCCUUGCUUUAAUGAAUAGUGUAAAUAUUGAUCAGGCUGUAAAAUGUGCAUAGACUUCGUAGUUUUACCUUGUAAAUCAAAAGUGAUAAAACAAGACAAAUGAUAUGUCAUAUCAUCUUUAUGGUUUGUUAAAAUGUAGGCUAAUGGAAUCUGAUGCAUUUCACAGAAGUUUGAUACAUUCAAUAAAGUUUCUACAGUUUAAAAUCGUUUCAUAUUCACCAUUUUAAAAGACAAACAUUCGUUACGUUAUUAGUACCGAUGAUUGUUAUUAUUGACUAUUGUUUGAUAACAUUGUCAUUAUCGCUUCUAUGAUUCAUUAUCUAAUUUUGUUGAGAUAAAAGUAUGAAUGUAACGACUAAAAGUUAAAGGUUCAAACUUUAUCUCUCAAACUAUACUAAUUUGCAUUUCAAUACGUAAAUAUUUACACAGAAAAGUUCGAACAUAAAAAGAGGCACAAAUAAUAUACAUCCUUUAAUUAAAAAAAAAAAAUCCGCAUC